CAUCCCAACACUAUCCACUCACACCAAAGCUGUUUUCUGCACCCAAGAUUUGAGCUUCAAAAAUGUCGAAUUCAUUUUUUGAAACUGAAAAGAAGAAAACACCCAUAUAGGCUAUAGCUAUAUAUGCAGUAAUGGCCCAGACAUUAACCCAAUUACCUGCUCCCAAUGUACCACCCAUCUCAACAACAUCCAGGAAGAAGACCCAUCUUUCAUCCUUAGGGUUUCAGAGAGUUUGGGCUUGUCAUCAUCAAUGUCCUGAUCAAGCCAUAGACCAUAGAAUUGUCGACCGCAGGACUAUUGCCUUGGGCUUGGCUGGUGCAGUGCUCGGCUUGACGAUUAACAACAAGAACGCAAACGCUGCCGCCAGAAGGCCUCCUCCGCCUCCUCCGACGGAGAAAAAGGACCCGAAUGUGAGCGGAGUUCAGGCCAAAGUCUUGGCUAGCAAGAAGAGGAAGGAAGCCAUGAAGGACGCCACGGCGAAGCUAAGAGAGAGAGGAAAGCCCGUUGGUGGUGGCCCUUCUGAAUAGUUUUUGCAAAUUAUACUAAGUACUAUCUCGUUCCAAUGGAGAGAGGAUUAGUUCUCUGGUGGUGAAAAUAUGCUGUGGACAACGUUUCUUGUUCAUUUGGACAAGUGAUUUUUUCCUGUGAAAGUAGUGGAUAUUUGUUAGGCCUCAUUUGGUCUUUUUAUUUUAGGUUUUUAUGAUCGUUUAUAUGACUGUUUUUACUGGUUUUA